UCCAAAUGUCAAUCAUUUCAUAUCUCCUCCAUUUUUGACUAACUUCAGCUCCUUCUUCUCCAAUCACUCCUUUCAUUCUCUCUGCCUAUUUACAUACAUACAUACGUACAGCUUUACGUAAUCCUUCUCAACACAAGGUCUCCUCCUCCGGUGCUCAAACUUCACACCAAUCGUCGCGAAAGAAGGCGGAAAUUUCUGAUGACCUGAAAAAUUGAUUGGUUCGCGUACAAAUUACUGUCUCAUUGGAAACAUUCCUGCAAAAAAUGACCAUGGAUGGAUCGGUGUACUCAUCGUCUUCAUCUGACAGCUCUCAAUUUUCCUCAUCCAGUUCGUCGCCGGCGAAGGGCUCAUCCACCGUCGUUUUGUCGAUUGAGUGCUUAAAAGGAAGUUCCAAGGCGGAGGAGUGGACAGGCGACAUGCUCCAGACCGGCGACAUAGUGGAGGAGAUCAAAAUCGGGAACCUAACAAUACGAUCUCCUUUCAGGAACGGUAAAUCCGGCGUCCAGAAGAUUCUCCACACUUCCUUCAAAAACAAGGAGACUUCGAUUCAGGUUAGGGUCAGGCGCGGCUCCGACGACUACGCCGAGCUUCAGGCGUGUAUUGUCCCCGGCGGCGAGCAGUUUUUGGGGAGGAGACUGUACGUUUUGCGAGCCAUCGACGAUCCGAAUUACGCCGUCGGAUUCAUUGAUCGGACGGAGAGCGAGUGCUUGAAUUUGCAAGCUUCAAGAACCGUAAGAAUGGUCAGCGCCCUCGAAAGGACUCCAUUGCAGGACGGAUACGUUUCGUAUCCAUGGGAAAGAAAAAUGCAUGAGAUGCUGUCCAUUCCCAACUCAAGCAGCUUUUACUCCAUUCUCUUCUUGCCCAAGGCUUCCGACAAAGUUGCUUCCCGGUACAACGAUCUAGAAGACACUCUUGCCCGAGCCCACUCGUGGAUCAAUGCUUCUCAGGAGUCCGGAGUUCCCGUUGUCUUUAUGAACAUUCAGACCGAAUCCCUUCUCACCAAGAUAUCCGGCGACACUGCCUCCUCCACGGUGAAUGCUGGUUCACUCUCCGACUUAUCGAAUCUCGCAAACACAAGCCUGUACGGCUUCGAGGACUACCAUGGCGUUGACAUCGGCGUCGUGAGAGCUGUUCGAAUGUGGUUCUCCCCUCUCGCAGGGGAGAUUCCUAUCGAGAUCAGGAUCAAAGACACCGACACAAAGCUCGGCUUCGCCAUCAGCCGCACCGAAGAGGGAUUCAUAUACAUAUCAUCUGUCAUCCAGGGAAAGGACGACGUGCCGUCCACCCGAUCGGGGCUGAGCAGCCUCCACGAACAGGCAUCCCGAACCUCCAGGCUGCUGGUGGUAUCGCGCAUAUCGACCCAAAAGGUGCUGCCGUGGAUGGUCUCUACAACGGGCGCGAUCCGGUGCUUCGACACAGUUUCUCUGAGCCAGAAGCUGUCCCUGCACCGGCACACGCGCGUCCCGAUCAUCAUGCACGUGUUCCUGUGGGACCGGAACGCGAAUUUGGCGAACGUAGGGAGCAUCAGGGCUCGGGCGAUGUCGACUCGGCCGCCACAUUUGAACAAGGAGAUGGAUUCAGUGGAGUUGGAUAGAGAUAGACAUGGGGAUGGAGAUGGAGAUGGUGAUGGAGAUUCUUCUUCAGGUAUGAACAUGUCGAGAGAUACUGCGGGGGAGACUUCUUUCCGUUUCCAUGACUUUGAGCUUAAGAACAAUUGGGUCUGACUGACAGACAGAGACAGGGACAGGUACACACACGAAUUCAGUAUUUACUUAUGUUUUUAUUUAUAAUUAGGGAAUCAGAAUCAAAAUUUGAAUAUAGUUAUAGAGAAUUGUUAGGGAUUAUUAGGGAAUGUGUGUGUGUGUGUGUGUGUUUAAUUUUAUGUGUUGUGUGUAUGCUGCUCUGCUGGUGCUCUUUCUUGUUAUUAUCUGAUUUUGUUUACUUCAUUUUUGUUGUAAAUAUAGAACAACACUGGAGCUGUUGUAUGUAAUGUCCAAAAGUUGUACUAUUGGGUUAUCGAGUCAUCUAUAUUUAUGAUUGUGGGAACUUACAUGGAUAAAAGAUGUGUUGGACAACUCCUGCGGGCUAAAUCAAAAGGAUAUUGAUGAAGUUUAAACUCAAGUUCAAUUCCUGAAAAAGGGAAA